GAUGCCGGGUCACGCCCCCAACGCGGGCCGCCCCUCGUAGUGCCAGACCGUUAGUCUAGCCUUGGGCCCCCUCUACUUCCGGGUCAGAGCCCCGACGACGCGGAGAGGGACUCCUGCAGAGCAGGCCUGAGUAGUUGAACAGGAUGGCAUAGUUCUUCUUAAAGUGACAGACACAAGGCAAGUGAGUGUAACCAGCGAAGAGGCUGUUGGAGGCUCUUCUACGCUGAAUCCAAUCCCGGGCAGAGUUCUGGUCAACAGCUGCGGUGUCUACCUGUUGGGGAAAGAGCAGGAAAAAGCGAGUUGUCUCUCGGGUGAAAGGAAGAGAGUUUUAAACGGCUCCAGGAGCUCGAGGUGGAGCUAGUUCUGAAGUUCCAAUCUUCCCUGUCCCCACCCCCUCUAGCACUGCAAAGCAGGGUAUGUGGUUCUCUCAUCUAUGAAAAGAACGAAGCUUAAGGAGGCCUGCACCUUCGUAGCCAAGACCAGACUCGGGGUUGGGGGCAAUCGCAAGCGCGACUUUGCGGAUGAGAGCUCAGACACAAGGGUUGCUGCCUGUCUGCAGAGAUCCGCCUUGGAUCCGCCCUGAGCAGCGGAGGACCUAACCUAAGGCUUUUCUUCUUAGAGUUGUGAUGGGGGGUGGGUGUGUGAGCGGGGCGCCCGGGACUACCUUGCCCGCCUUCUCCUCCUCUUGGCCAAUCUCCCCGGGAACUCCCGGUCCCAGCCGCGGGGAGCCUCCGGGAGGGGAGCGGUGCAACCCGCCCGCGUCAUCUGAUGCUGUUUCCUGCAGGAGGGAGAAGAGCGGAAAAAAGUGAAACUCCACCCUCCACCUCUGCCUCCCGCCCCCGGGGCCAAAGUACAAAGGGAGGAGGAAGAAGGGAACGGGGUCGGAGCUGUUGGGGCCAAAGGCACUAGCCCGACAAGAGUAGCUUCGGCUCAGCUGGGGACUUUUCUCUUCACCUCCUGUGCCUGAAGACGCAACCAGAGUCCCGGCGCUGACCCUGGCAGGCCCCACCUUACAGUAGGCGGGCGCUGGAGCCAGCUUCCCGGGACUGCUUCGGGACCGAGGGACUCUCUGUCGCUCCAAUUCAGCCAUGGUGAGGCGCCGGAGGCCAGGGGGCCCCACCCCUCCAGCCUGACCACACUGCCCUCGGUGCCCUCCUCCAGAAGCCCGAGAUGCGGGGGGCCGGGAGGCGACACUCCUGGCUCCCCAGAGAGGCGUGGGUCUGGGGCUGAGGGCCAGGGCCGGUAUGCCCAAGUUCCGGCACUAGGGCCUCAGAAGCCAGCGGGGGUGGAGACCACGGGCACCCGAAGAAAGUCCCCCAUACAUUCCAAAGCUGGCUCCGGGCCAUGGAGCCCUUGAAGAACCUCUUCCUCAAGAGCCCGCUGGGGUCAUGGAAUGGCAGUGGCAGCGGGGGCGGCGGGGGUAGUGGUGGAGUCCGGCCGGAGGGGUCCCCGAAGGCGGCAGCAGCUUAUGCCAACCCCGUUUGGACAGCCCUGUUCGACUACGAGCCCAAUGGGCAGGACGAGCUGGCCCUGAGGAAGGGCGACCGUGUGGAGGUGCUAUCCCGGGAUGCAGCCAUCUCGGGAGAUGAGGGCUGGUGGGCGGGCCAGGUGGGUGGCCAGGUGGGCAUCUUUCCAUCCAACUAUGUGUCUCGGGGUGGAGGCCCACCCCCCUGUGAGGUGGCCAGCUUCCAGGAGCUGCGACUGGAGGAGGUGAUCGGCAUCGGCGGCUUCGGCAAGGUCUACCGUGGCAGCUGGCGAGGGGAGCUGGUGGCUGUGAAAGCAGCUCGCCAGGACCCUGAUGAGGACAUAAGCGUAACAGCUGAAAGUGUUCGCCAAGAGGCCCGACUUUUUGCCAUGCUGGCACAUCCCAACAUCAUUGCCCUCAAAGCUGUGUGCCUGGAGGAGCCAAACUUAUGUCUAGUGAUGGAGUAUGCGGCUGGUGGGCCUCUCAGCAGGGCCCUGGCUGGUCGGCGUGUGCCCCCCCAUGUGCUGGUCAACUGGGCUGUGCAGAUUGCCCGUGGGAUGCACUACCUGCACUGUGAGGCAUUGGUGCCUGUGAUCCACCGAGACCUGAAGUCCAACAACAUUCUGCUGCUGCAGCCCAUCGAGGGUGACGACAUGGAGCAAAAGACCCUAAAGAUCACCGACUUUGGCCUCGCCAGAGAGUGGCACAAAACCACCCAGAUGAGUGCUGCAGGGACCUAUGCGUGGAUGGCUCCUGAGGUCAUCAAGGCCUCCACCUUCUCCAAGGGCAGCGAUGUCUGGAGCUUUGGGGUGCUGCUGUGGGAACUGCUGACUGGGGAGGUGCCCUACCGUGGCAUAGACUGUCUUGCAGUAGCCUAUGGUGUGGCCGUCAACAAGCUAACAUUGCCCAUCCCGUCCACCUGCCCUGAGCCCUUCGUACAACUCAUGGCCGACUGCUGGGCACAGGACCCCCACCGCAGGCCCGACUUCGCCUCCAUCCUGCAGCAGCUGGAGGCGCUAGAGGCGCAGGUCUUACGGGAGAUGCCACGGGACUCCUUCCAUUCCAUGCAGGAGGGCUGGAAACGCGAGAUCCAAGGCCUCUUUGACGAACUGCGGGCCAAGGAAAAGGAACUACUGAGCCGCGAGGAGGAGCUGACGCGCGCAGCACGCGAGCAGCGGUCCCAGGCGGAGCAGCUACGACGGCGCGAGCACCUGCUGGCCCAAUGGGAGCUGGAGGUGUUUGAGCGCGAGCUGACGCUGCUGCUGCAGCAAGUGGACCGAGAGCGGCCACACGUGCGCCGCCGCCGCGGCACCUUCAAGCGGAGCAAGCUGCGGGCGCGCGACGGUGGAGAGCGCAUCAGCAUGCCGCUGGAUUUCAAACACCGCAUCACUGUGCAGGCCUCUCCUGGCCUUGACCGGAGGAGAAACGUCUUCGAGGUUGGGGCUGGGGACUCGCCCACCUUUCCUCGGUUCCGAGCCAUCCAGUUGGAACCUGCGGAGUCAGGCCAGACUUGGGGUCGCCAGUCCCCUAGACGUCUAGAAGAUUCAAGCAAUGGAGAGAGGCGUGCUUGCUGGGCCUGGGGUCCCAGUUCCCCCAAGCCUGGGGAGGCCCAGAAUGGGAGAAGAAGGUCCCGCAUGGAUGAAGCCACGUGGUACCUGGAUUCAGAUGACUCGUCCCCAUUAGGAUCUCCUUCUACCCCCCCGACACUCAACGGUAACCCUCCACGGCCUAGCCCGGAGCCAGAGGAGCCACGGCGGUCCGGGCCCACAGAGCGGGGCAACAGCUCCGGGACUCCCAAACUGAUCCAACGUGCGCUGCUUCGGGGCACCGCUUUGCUGGCUUCCCUGGGUCUUGGCCGUGACCUGCAGCCUCCUGGAGGCCUGAGCCGUGAACGGGGGGAGCCCCCACCAGCACCACCCCCUGCACAGAUGCCCUCACCCUGCCCAGCCGAGAUGCCCUCCACCCCGCUCAUCCGCCUCUCACCCACAACACCCAAUGCCCGUGGCUCACCCACUCCUGCACCCUUAUUGCUGGACCUGGGUGUUCCCUCAGGCCAGCCUUCAGCCAAGAGCCCUCGGCGGGAAGAGACACGUGGAAGAACUGUCUCACCCCCACCAGGAAUAUCACGCUCGGCUCCUGGCACCCCUGGAACCCCUCGAUCACCACCCUUGGGCCUUAUCAGCCGACCUCGGCCCUCACCACUCCGUAGCCGUAUUGACCCAUGGAGCUUCGUGUCAGCUGGGCCACGGCCUUCACCCCUGCCCUCUCCACAGCCUGCGCCCCGACGGGCACCUUGGACCUUAUUCCCAGACUCAGAUCCCUUCUGGGACUCCCCACCUGCCAACCCCUUCCGGGGAGGCUCCCAGGACUGCAGGACGCAGACCAAAGAUAUAGGUGCUCAGGCCCCGUGGGCACCAGAAGCAGGGCCUUGAGUGGGCCAGGCCACACCCCCACGCUCCAGCUGCCUUAGAGGAGGCAUAUCAUACACUGGAAGAGGAGCCAUGCAGGCCUCUGUGGCUGCCUUGGUUUCCCCCAGGGACCUUGACCCCUUGCGGGGGUCAGGAACACUACACUGCACAGAAAGCCUUCACACUGGAUGGGGGGGCUACACCCCGCAUACCUACAACCUGUAGGUCCCCUGACUUACCUGCCCCACUGGGGCCUGACACUGUACCUAGCUGGUUGGGAGGACCAGAGCCUGUCUCAGGGAAUUGCCCCGGAAGUGGUGCAGGGAGGAGGGGGAGGUACAGGGGAGAGGGGCUGACCUCAGGUGUCACCAGCACUUUGGACCAAGUCCUGUUACUGUGGCCCCUGCCCCCAAGGCCUAGUUCCUGGACCCCCUUCCCUGGAGGUUAUCAGAGCCGGGGCCCUCUGGGUGCCUUUCUCCUGCCCCAGCCAAGGUUGGGGCCUUGGCCUGGGGAGCCAAUGAAGCCAAAUAAACUCAUAAGCUGUCUCCCCAAA